UUUAUCAAUAAGUAGGACUUUGGAACUUAUUAAUCAUUGAAUAACCCGUACUUACAUAUUGGAAAACAACUCCUCCAUCCAUCUUGUGACAAAUUUUAGACCAAUAAGGUUGCUUAUAUUUGAUGACGUAUGCAGUAGUAGUGUACACUAAUCUUAGUGACGAUUACACAUGUACAAAUAUUUUUCUAACUUUCAAAGUUUUCUAAAUUUAGUCAAUUGUUUUCUGAAGAGGGCAAUAAUGUGAUAUAAUUUUGCAAUUAUUGUAAUGAAACACAUGCGAUGCAAAUCUUCUAAAAGAAUCAUUGGUGAACAAUGAGUGACAGAGGAUUGAGGACACCAGAUAAAUUGAGGGCUGGACUUUUAUCUCCAAGUGCCCAUCUUCGUUCAACAACUCCAAACUCAGAGACUUCAGGAAAAUCAAAUGUUUCAGUGAGACCAUGGACAGCUCAGCCAAGUCGGAUAUCAGGAAAUGCCACGAGUAAAGAUGCUUUGAGAAGUAAAAGUGGGGUUGAUCAUAGCAGGCACAGAGACAGUGAUGAUUUGGCUUUGCGUUCUGUACAGUUGUCAAACAUACUUCAAGAUUCACGUUCUUGGGCAGUGACUGAAUUGCCUGAAGAUCUGAGCAAUGAGGAACCAGAACCCAUCAAAGAACUCCCAUUUGCUAGAAAAAAGACUCCACUUCCAUUAAACCCUCCUCAGAAGAAUUCCUUUAAGAAGACAGAUGCCUUUGAAGCUUGGGUGAGAGGACCAGAGGAGAAUUCUGAUGAAUAUGACACAGACCUGGAAGAUGAUUUUCCACCAGAGGAAGUUAUUAUCAAUGACCC